UUCGCUCCCAGCAUUUUUGUGUCGCUGAAACAGCCGUACUUCCUUCGCAGUAGUUAUUGCCCAUGUAGGACUUCGCCGCCGUUAAUCGACGCGCUUCUUACCGCCCCUCAUCCAAUUUCCGUUGCCAUCCACCCAGGGCGACUUGAUUUCCCUUUCACAUGUAUGGAAGGGAAUCAGGACGACCGACUGAAGGGGUGGAAAGUGGUUGCAAGGGGAUUUAUCGAUCUGGAGCGAGUUGUGACAACGGCCCGCGCGUCGCGUGUGCAUGCGAGGAAUGCCCUCCAGUUUUUGUUUUCCUUGAAUUCGGAUUCCAAGCAGCAGAAUUAUACAGGAUUGCUGGAAAUUGAAUCCUUCGAACUUUGUUGGUAAUCUGAUUCUCGAGAAUGCAACUCUUAUCAAGUGUUGACUUCGGGGAUUGGUCGUGGAUUUGGGGUUAAAAUUUGACUAGUGAACUUAGGUAGUGCGGAGGAUUGAUUCUGACUCAACAUGUGCAGUGUAGCCAGGACACGUCGGAAAGUUCGCAUAGUCGGCGGAGGUAGUGUGACUCAGUGCUUGGCAUUGCGUGAAAGUGGCUCGGCUCCAAGUGAAACUCCUGGUCAAAUCGAGGUUGUAACUCCUGAAAAUUGAAAUGAGAAAAGCAAAUGAGGAUCCUUUAUAGACAGUUGAUGGAAGCAUAUAUUCGACAAAAAAGAGCUUCACCAGGCAUGGUACAAGCGAGUGAUCUUCAAAUGCGUCCAAUGUCAGGAAUGCGAAAUGGCAGAGAAGUCCAUGCCUAUGAUGGCCCUAUGCAAUUUAUCAACGCUCAAAACCCAGAUCAGAUCUCGACGACAAUGCGUUCGCCUUCGAGCAAUGAAGAUGCAAUCGAAGAAAUCUCUAGUCAAGAAAUUGAAGAUGAAGAAAGCACCCCCGUCGAAGUUUUGGCAUCACCCAUUCGUAGUGAUUCACAACACGAAACAAUAUUAGUUAACAGCGCAACAAGUGGGAGAAACGGUUCUCUGCCUGUUACACCAGCAACUGGAGACAGUGGUGCGGGUGAUGCAUCACGGAAUUCGUUGCCACCGUCAAACGAUUUUGACGGGGACAUUGUAGGCCAAAUUGAAAAUUUCGUUAUGCAACCAGCCCAACAAGGGCUCCUAUAUAAGUGCCGAAUUACACGCGAUCGCAAAGGCAUGGAUCGUGGAUUAUUUCCGAUUUAUUAUUUGCACCUCGAACGUGAUUAUGGAAAGAAAAUCUUUCUUCUUGGAGGAAGAAAAAGGAAAAAGAGUAAAACAUCAAAUUAUAUAAUAAGUUGUGAUCCAACUGACUUAUCCAGACAAGCUGAUGGGUUUGUUGGCAAACUUCGCUCAAAUGUUCUUGGUACAAGUUUUACAGUUUAUGACAAUGGCGACAAAGAUAAAGCGGAGAACCCAAGACUCGACCUGGCAGCUGUAAUUUAUGACACAAAUAUUCUAGGCUUUAAAGGUCCUAGAAAUAUGACAGUGAUACUACCUGGAAUGACGGAAAAUGAUGAAAGGGUAAAAAUAAGCUCAGCUGGCCCUCGACAGCAAGGAUUAUUAGAAAGUUGGAAAUCUAAGAAUUUCGACAAUAUUGUUGAAUUGCACAAUAAAACGCCAGUCUGGAAUGAUGAUACCCAGUCUUAUGUGUUGAACUUUCACGGUCGAGUUACACAAGCUUCAGUGAAAAAUUUUCAACUGGUCCACGAUUCCGAUCCGGAAUACAUUGUCAUGCAAUUCGGACGAACUUCAGAAGAUGUGUUUACCAUGGAUUACAGAUAUCCGUUAUGUGCUUUGCAAGCUUUUGCCAUAGCGCUUAGUAGCUUCGACGGGAAGAUAGCAUGCGAAUGAGAUGUUGAUAAUCUAUAAUCCUCCUGAAAAACAAGUGCAACCCCACUCAAAUAUCGAUUCGUACAACUGUAAAUCGUGUAUUUACCUUGAUAGUUUUAAUAUAAUUAUUUUAGUGUAUGUGUCGAGAUUUAGUUUUUAUAUUAUGCAAAUAAUUUAUUGGUAGAUAAGUUGAUAUCAUUGAGUCACUCUCAAUAGUUUUUCUUCUUUUGAGCUAAUUUCACUGUGCGUAUGGCAGUAGAGCUAACGAAAAUUAUGAAAUUCCAAAGUGAGCCACUGCUAGAACCCUUUCGACGGGAAACUCGAAAUAAGGUGCUAAACUAUGUACAAAUGAUCUAAGAGUCAAAACUACACCAGAUAAAAUGACAACCGACAAAAGUUCCUUUCGCAUUCCUCCAUCAAGUUCCCUUCACAGCAAUCUAGACUCUUUGACCAAACAUACUUUCUCAAUAUACUGGUAUUCUAUCUACGCAUGCGCUAGGAGUGAAGUAUCUAAAGCUCAAUAAAUUUAAUGAUCUCUAUUUUUGCCUAAAUUAAAGCGUUUAGUCAAACAAUAAAUUUAUUAUUCAAGUGCUCACAGCAAUUAGUUUAAAGGCACUAGAACCAACUUUGGGAAACUUUUUUACGCGUACGACUUACAGAAACAUUCUAAAAAAGAUUCUCAUCAGCUUAAUCGAUCAAAAAGCACAAAUCCUUGAUUCAAACUUUACAAAUAAUGUUUAAGUAGGCAUUUUUGGAAAUUACCAUAUAGUUACAUUUGGUGCUGUAAAAACCCUCGUUUUAUAUGGAAUAAAGAAGCAAACCUUAAUACAAUAUAAAUCUAACUUAAAAUGCUAAAAUUUAUUUUUCUAUUUUCUGGCUUAACUGAACUAUCCUAUCUCAUAAUUAUUUUUAUAGCCAUUACCCAUUUGACCGCAGUAUCUAUUUCUAAUUUUACAAUUUCGAUAUGAAAGCCUCUAUAAGCUUAGAGGAAUGUCCCUCGGUUUUGACAAACAAAAGUCGACUCAAAUGAGACUUCAUUGCCCAUGAGCUAUCUGCGCGAUCGCCUACACCGCAUACUAGUCUAGAAAUUGCUACCAAGUAUUUUAAUUUCGAUCUAGUUUACGACAUAAAAAUGUACUUACUAAGAUGACUGACAUGUUUUAAGCAAAUUUUCGAAGCACACCGUUAAUUUUCGCAUUUUAAAGUUGUCACACGCUUUUUGAAUUUUUUGCAUUCGAUUGUGAUUGUAGAAUUGAUAGGAAUUGAUAGAAGAAAGGAAAAUAUAUUAUUUUCAUGUACAAUUAUUAAAUAACGUAUAUAUGAUUAAUUGAAUUAUUUUCACAUUGAAUUUGAAAAGAAUAAAUAUUUAAAUCAAAA